GCGACGGACACGGUGCUUGAGCUGCGAGAAAGACAGAAAGAAGCUGGCAUUGAAGGACACGUGGCUGAGGGAUAUGCUGUGUCUCAAGGAUAUGUAUAGCUAUCCCAGUUAUUCAUUUUCUUGUUAUAUGAAAAGGACCACAUCGGAGGUCCUGGCCUGGCGGGGUUUGAGGUUGAAUCUGGCGGGCCGUCAAGCUCCUCCCGGCAGCCGCCCCGCACCACAACAACAUCCGGGCGACUCGCCGUGAACGCCGCGACUUGCCGCGGAUUGUGCCACUCUCGGCACCUGGCCAUGGCGGGAUUUCGAAAUGAUGGCAUCGCCGCCUUCCAGACCAUAGAGGUGAAGGCAGAGGGGAUCAGGACGGUGGCCUUCCCGGUGGACAAGGCCGGAAGGAAAGAGGAUGUCGAGUUUAGCCAUGAAGCCACUUAUCUGCUCAUCAAGAGUAUGAGGAAGCGCUACGUAGAGUUGUGCUCUAAUCCCCGAGCACGUACCCAAAUCUACAAAGCCCUGCACGAAAAACUUUCUGUGCACGGGUACAACUACACAGCGGAGAGGAUUCGACGCAAGUGGAAUAAUCUUUUAGGAACGUACAAGAAGCUGAAAAGAGAAAACAGCCCAGGAAAGCCACCAUGGGAGUAUUAUGAAAUGCUGAAUGAAUUCCUUCCUGACGACCCAUGCUUAUCAGCAACUUCGUCAGGAACACCGUCACCAAAAAGUUUUUCAUCUAGCCCAGUCAAGACCAAAGACAUGCCAACUCCCGUGUCAGCAGCAGGCACUAGUAAUUCCCCAGGAGAAGAGCAUGUGUCACCCUCUAGUGUUGCUAAAGAUAUUGAGCUUGGUAUAAAAAGACAAGCAUUAAUGGAAAAGUGCAUGGAACAAAUAAAAGAGAAGGAUAGUUUUGAAAUAGAGUAUAAGAAACGUAAGGAAAGAAGAGAACGAUUGAAAAUUCAAGCAUUGAAAAGAAUUGGUAAGGAGUUACACACUAUAGCAGUAACACAAAGUGAGAUAUUAAAAAAACAAGAUCAAAUACUUGAAGCUUUACACUCAUGAAUGAAUAGUGUCUAAUAGUUAUAGAAAUAUUUAAACUGAAAAUGUUGGUAUAUUCAAAAUAUAUUUUGAAAAUAUAGA